GCACUGGUUGGGUGUAUUUUCCCCACAGGUAGAAAACUGUGAUCAACGUGUGGAAAGUUCACAGUCAAGAAGUUAUUCGCUCCCGGAUCGAGUUGGUAUUAUCGUGCUCGGUGCCAGAAUAUUGCCGUUCGCUCCCGUCGUCCGAAGUUGAUUUGAUAAAGUCCGGCAGUUGUGUGUGCAACGGAUUUAACCCCAUCGAAUCCCCGGUGCACGUGAAUAUUGUGUGCGUGUGUCCGUGCAACGAGUGCAACGAUUAACCAGUGAGAACGAGCAGUGUCGUGAGCGGGAUAAUCGUUUCCAAGUUUCUUGUGUGCUUGCUACGUUGUUAUUAAUAAAACACAGCACGAGUGUACUGCGUGUGUGUGACCGCCAGCUAAUUUCGUCACGCGGCGCUAUCCCGGGCGCAUGCCGUGCCGCUAGUGGGUCCCUGUUUCUAUGUGUGGUUAAAAAUUUUGUUAAAGAGUUUUCUUCACCACGCAAGAAAAGCAGCAAACAUCAACCCUUAAGCAACAAGGGACUUGCUUGCUUUGGCAGGGCAAGUGAUUGCGAUUUGGAAUGUACAUACAGUGACAUUCGGUCUGUGCAAGUGGAUGCUAACCACCAUCGUAGUAGUCAGUUUGACGGGAUUCAGUCAGUGCUGCUAAAACAUUCAACGAUUCGAUUCGAACAAAGUACCAGCGCGAGACGAGACCUUCCUUCGCCUCGCGCCAUCUUUGAAAGUUAAAAUUUACCCACCACAUCCCGCAGGAGGUAGCAGUGAUAGUAGAUGCCACACGUGUUGUGAGCACCUGUGAAGUUGGUUGACUUUGCUGCUACCGGGGUGGAAGUUAAGACAAAAAAAUCCCACUACAGGGAGAGUUCAAAGCAACAGCUGCAACGCUUCAUCGGUCAAAGUAGGCGUUACGUGUGAAAACAGCGAAGCAUUUCCCGGGUGGGUCAGCCGCGGGUCCGACCAACCAACUACCAACCACCUUGCCCGGAACAGAAACACCUUAGUGCUGCAAUGGGCGACUAUACGCUGGACGUGGACAACUUGAUUCAGCGGCUCCUAGAAGCUCACAAACUGCAACAGCAGCAGGCGCAAGAGUCCCGGAAAAAGGGCAAACUGAAAGAGAUAUUCUCACACGAUUUCAUGGUUCGAGGAUGUCGUCCAGGAAAAUCGGUACCUAUGCCAGAGGAAGAAAUUCGAGCGCUAUGUUUAAAAUCUCGUGAAAUUUUCCUACAACAACCGAUACUGCUGGAAUUGGAGGCUCCACUUAAAAUUUGCGGUGAUAUACACGGUCAGUACACAGAUUUGCUGCGACUGUUCGAGUACGGUGGAUUUCCCCCGGAGGCCAAUUACUUAUUCCUGGGCGAUUACGUGGACCGAGGCAAACAGUCGCUGGAAACGAUCUGUCUUCUGUUAGCGUACAAAAUUAAGUAUCCGGAAAACUUUUUCCUACUGCGCGGAAAUCAUGAGUGUGCCAGUAUUAAUAGGAUAUAUGGUUUCUACGAUGAAUGCAAACGGCGGUACAACGUGAAGCUGUGGAAAACUUUCACCGAUUGUUUCAAUUGCCUGCCCAUUGCUGCCAUUAUUGAUGAGAAAAUAUUCUGCUGUCACGGAGGCUUAAGCCCGGAUUUGAACCACAUGGAACAGAUUAAACGCAUAAUGCGACCGACAGAUGUGCCCGACACGGGGCUGCUGUGUGAUCUGCUGUGGAGCGAUCCGGACAAGGACGUGAAGGGCUGGGGGGAGAAUGAUCGUGGCGUAAGCUUUACGUUCGGCGUGGACAUUGUGGCCAAGUUUUUGCUUAUUCACGAGCUGGAUCUCAUUUGCCGGGCGCAUCAGGUCGUGGAGGAUGGGUACGAGUUCUUUGCCCGGCGAUCGCUAGUAACGCUCUUUUCCGCACCGAACUAUUGCGGUGAAUUUGACAAUGCCGGCGGCAUGAUGUCGGUCGACGCGAAUUUAAUGUGUUCGUUUCAGAUUCUGAAGCCAUCGGAAAAGAAGGCUAAAUAUCAGUACAGCGGAACGAACAAUCAGCGGCCGCAGACGCCCCAGCGCAAUCAAAAUCCAACCAAUAAACGGAAAUAAUAAUUUCUCUCCCUUCUCAACCGCUACCUAACGAGACGCAGCAAAAAGAAGUCAUCAGUAACAGCCAGUUCGUCGGCAAACGCCACCACCGCCACCAGCAAUGCAACUAAUGUUUCCAACAGUGCCGAAGGGGAAGAUGAACUAAUGCUUACCGGUACGUCCGUGCCGUACGAUCCUGCAGCGGAGAAUGUAGCACAGUGUCAGGACCAUGAUCGAGCUAACGCAUUAAACGGUACGGCAUCCUCUACCACAGCAACCGGUGGUGUCGCAUCGGCUGCUGCUUCAUCCGGCGCAUCCUCUUCGACGACGUUGCUGAAGAAUGUCCCCAUAAGAGCAAUCGUGUUUUCUGACCAAUCGAGCAUUGCUAACGAUACGACCACGUCGCAUUUACGACCCGCUACGCCAUCUUCCCUCCGGCCGGAUGGCGCCCUUGAAAGGCGUGGAUUUGCCGAAGAAGGGGAGGAAGAAUGUUCCUUACCGUCACCACCACCACCACCACCGCCGUCGAUACAAACGUUGCCAGUGAUGCAGAUGCAAGCGCUUCAUUUACACCACCAGCCCGCUCCGCAGUAUCCGUCAGAUCCGAUGGGCACGACGCAUAAUCCAUCGAGCUCCUCCACCGGCCGCUCGUGCUUUUCUCCGCCACCACCGGCAAUUGUGACUACCGCGCUAAUGAGUUCCACUGGGACGCAUGCGAUGUCUGGCGGUGCUGGUAGUUCUUCCGGUAGACAAUUACCACCGUAUCCGCCGGCGGUGCCACUUCCCAAACCGACACCCAUUUGGAUUACACCGGGCCAACAUUCAUCGGGCAGCACGGGUGGUAAUGCGCUCGGGAGGGAUAGGUCAGUGUCGGCGGCAUAUUCGACAGCAUCCACCAUAACCGUGGCUACCGGCAGCAACAGCCCGGCAGUAGUUUCGACUGUGCCUAUUCUGCGUACGUUCGGUGCCUCGGCGGGCUCAAGACAAAAUUCCUUCGGCAGCUAAGGUGUGGUGCGAUACGGAGCAUGCAACUAGCUAAGGUUUGUAGGAGGUUGGUUGGCUGAUUCGGCACGAACGGUUGUAAGAGCGUGGGGGAUGGGAUUCAUAUUGAACAGUGUGAUUGAAUGGUUUUUGGAUCAUUGUCCGAAUAGAAUCGGGGUAAUAGCAGCACCAACCAAGCAAAGCGAGUGGGCGCUACAAGACGCAGGACGAUGAUGACUAACAAAGCGUUUCGCGACAAACGGGAAGCGAGUGAGAAUGUGAGAGAAUUUUUGAACGAGCGAUGUGAACGGAGAGAAAGAGAGAGAGAGAGAGCGAGAUACAAAACCCGUGUGAAAAGAAACAAAAUGAAAUAGUUUUUAUUGAAUGAUAUUGUUAACAAAUACACAACAGUGCACUAUCAGAAAAAAAAGGCAAAUCAGAUGCUUUUUGUACGCGAUGAUACAGAAAGAAAGUAACUUAACGCAUGAUAAUAAGAAACGUAUGAAAUAAGAUUGAUAAGAGAGGGGUCAUUGCUGGGGGAAAAAUAAAAUCAAAUAAAAUGCCCCAGUGGCGUGUACAACAGGGCACAGGGCAAGAAGGAACGGCGUAAGGAGGGCAGGAGGAGGGUACAGUAAGGUAAUAUCAAAUCACCGGUCACCGGGUGUGUGCAGUCUUAUCUUAGGUCAAUCCAAGCAAAACACACACACACACACACCCCCAUUGCACUGUUGUCCACGGGGUACUAAUAAGGGAUGAAAGGAAAACGUACACCAAUCAGUGGGGUGCCCAACUGCAAAAGAAACGAUGCAUUACAUAGAAAAACGCAUACAACAUAGCAAACCCACUAAGCGCUCACAACUGUACAGCCCUCGAGCAUGGCUGUGUCACGGGGAAAAACGGACGCAUGAAGCAUAAUUGUGUGUAAUAUUAUUCAACAAAUCGGCAGUAGAGUUUGUGCGGAAGAGCGCACUUGCGAGCCGACAAAUGAUGUUGGAGCAUACAUUUUCAAAGCAAAAGGGACAGGGUGUUACUAUCCAUACAUAGAGAAGGAUCAAACGGAUGGCAGAAGGGGUAGCAGUUUCGAAUCGAUCCGAGAAGGGUGUACAUGUGUCCGGCAAGCAAAAGCAAAAGUAAAUCAUGGAAGAGAAUAAUUUGCACAAUUUGAAGAUUGUGCAUUUUAUUGACCGGGGGCACUACCACGAUGACCGAUACAACGGAAAACAGAACGGAAUUCAGCUACUGUGUACAAGGGACAAAGAGAUAAUGAUAUAUAAAACUGUAGAUACACAUAUGCAUAUAUACAUAUAUACAAUACACACACUCACACACAGGCGCGUACGCAUUACUCAGCAGGCAGCGGGUGGGAUGGAAGAAGUGUAAGAUGUGCAUGAGAGAUUAUCCGAUCAGAUUUUCGGUUGAUCGUUUUUAUUGCCUUCUGGAAAGCAAAAAAUGGGAAAGUGAAUAUAUUCUCCCACCCCCCGGGUGGGUAGCCGGUGAGAGAUAAAAAAGUGAGAUCAAAGAAAAUCAAACAUCAGAUCAGAUCCAUAUAAAUGCGUCAUAGCAAAGGGGUCAUAUAUAAUGUAAAGCACUGUAUAAACCAACAACUGCAUCUAUGCAUCUUCAUCCUGUUUUCCACAGACGCUGAAAGCGCUCGCGGGAAUUAGCACACUCAGAGAGAAAGAUAGAGGGUGGUGCGUUCGGUAAAAGGGAAACGUUACUUUUUCUACACACACAGCGAGCAAGGUCACAGAUUGUCAUGCAUUUACACCGGGGCAAAAAGGAAGAACACGGUUUACGUUAUUGUUGCUUUUGAUCUGCCGGGUUAAGCUUCCCGUUCCAAAGAAUAUAUUAUAUUGCUAGUUAUGAUCGUGUGUUUUGCUUCGGCUAAACCUUCAACUGCCUGGGGGGAAGAAGCAGCUUGGUUCAGCUUUUAGUUAGGCGAUCGUCUGUUACCCUUCCUUUGUGGUUUUAGUCCUAGCACAUCAACCUGGACCUUGUGGUCAGGAUAGUCAAGUGCAACUCUGCAUGACUAUAUCCCCUGUGAAACGUGUUUUAAAACAUCCGGAAGAAGAAACCAUUAACCCAGCGUAACAUUUCGUUGGCUGUGAAAAGAUGCGCAUACCUGAACACGAAAUGUGAAUGCGGCAUGCACACAGAUGCAGCCGAUGGAUUUUCCAACCUCAACUGGCUCCCGUUUCCAUUGAACCAAAGCUGAACGCAACUCCCGAUAGGACGAACAAACCAAACCGACUACCCGUUUAAGGAUGACCACUGCUCGUUCGUCGACUCACACUCCCCGAACAAAUCCAUUUAUACACGUCACCCGUUUGGAAGGCUUUUACAAACAAAAGAAAACAACACUAUUUUUACAUCCAAUCGACACACAGGGCAAAGGACAGAAACAAUAAAAUGUGCAAGCGAGGAAACGCCGUUUACGUUACGAACCUUCUUACCUUCCUAGUACGUCGUUUCUUUACGGAGCUGCUUGAGCUAUGUGUUAACGGUACGAUUUGUUUGUUUGCAACCCUUGCGUUGCAUCCGUUUUCAUCUUUUCUAUUAUCCCCUCUUAGCGAGCCUGACACUCGAAGCAAAGCAGAGUGGUAGCAACGGAUGAUGUGCGCGCGCGCUUACUAAGUUGGCGGAUUGUAUUAAGGAAAACACAAAACACCCCCCAUUUUGCAAAAUGGGAAUGCGUAUGCAUUAGAUCAGCAGCAGCAGCAGCAAGAUAGCAAGAAAACACAGUAAAUUAUUAUAAUUAACAAAACUCAGCAUACCCCCUGACGGUCGCGAAAAGAAAGCAACAAAAAAAAAAA